AUGGCGGCACCCAGGCUGAUUCGUGACCUCGCUUUUAUCGGCGCGCCUUUUGACAUCGGAACUUCGUAUCGCCCAGGUGCGCGCUUCGGACCCUCCGGUAUCCGUCAAGGUUCCCGCCGACUGAACCUGUACGGAGGAUACAAUGUGCCUCUCAAAACCAAUCCAUUCGACUCAUGGGCUACUGUGAUUGAUUGCGGAGAUAUUCCAGUUACAUCGUAUGAUCACGCGUACGCCCUUCAGCAAAUCGAACACGGACACUACAAUCUUCUUACACGAGCACCGGCCACGGAUGCUAACAAGAAAGGGCCAUCUCUGCAAGGGAAGACACUGCCGCGCAUCAUCACUCUCGGAGGCGAUCACACCAUCACACUCCCUCUCCUUCGCUCCAUCAACCGCGCCUACGGACCGGUGUCGGGGAAGCCGAAGGUCUUCGGCGGCGCUCCUUCUGACAUCGCCUCUAUUAAUCACGGGACCUACUUCUACCACGCGAGUCAAGAGGGGCUCUUAGCGAACGACAGCAACAUCCACGCCGGCAUUCGCACUACGCUCAGCGGUCCCAGCGACUACGAGAACGAUGGUUACUGUGGGUUUGAGAUUGUGGAGGCAUCCCAGGUAGACAAGAUUGGCACGGCUGGCAUCAUCAAGAAGAUUAGGGAGCGUGUCGGUACGGAGAAGCCGGUGUAUCUGUCCCUAGAUAUUGACACCCUGGACCCUGCCUUCGCGCCGGCGACAGGAACACCCGAGACCGGUGGUUGGUCCACGCGGGAGCUACGCGAGAUCAUUCGGGGUCUCAAAGGCCUCAACAUCAUUGCCGCAGAUGUUGUGGAGGUAGCCCCUGCAUACGACACCAACGCUGAGCUGACCACCAUGGCGGCCGCUGAUGCUCUGUACGAAAUCAUGUCCAUUAUGAUUAUGAAGGGCCCUACCAGCAAGAUGGUAGAAGAGAGCCAGGAUGAGCUAUGA